CUCCUCUCUAAAGAAUAUCUACUCUCUCUCUCUCUCUCUCUCUCUCUCUCUCUCUCUCUCACGCCACCAGCACCAUGCCUGAAGCACCCUUGGACUCCACCAUUAGCCUCUCUGAGCUCAACAAGAAAGCUCUUCAGUUCAUUGAGGACGUCACCUCCAACGCUGAUCAACUCCAACACAAGGUCCUCACCCAGAUUCUCUCCCGUAAUGCCAACGUCGAGUAUUUGCUCAGACAUGGCCUCAGCGGCCGCACCGACCGCCAUACUUUCAAGCAACUUCUUCCCCUCGUUUCCUACGACCAUAUCCAAUCUGACAUCAACCGCAUCGCCAAUGGCGACACUUCUCCCAUCCUUUGCUCCCAGCCCAUUUCUGAGUUCCUCACUAGCUCUGGGACAUCGGGAGGGGAAAGAAAGCUGAUGCCCACAAUUGAAGAAGAAGGCGAGAGAAGGAGUUCGCUUUAUAGCCUGUUGAUGCCCGUGAUGAGCCAGUUUGUGCCUGGCCUGGAAAAAGGCAAAGGAAUGUACUUGUACUUCAUUAAAUCUGAGGCCAAAACACCCUCAGGCCUCCUGGCUCGUCCCGUUCUCACUAGUUACUACAAAAGCUCUCAUUUUAAGAACAGAUCGCCCACCGAUCCCUACGCAAACUAUACCAGCCCCAUUGAGACCAUCCUUUGUCCUGAUUCCUACCAAAGCAUGUACUCCCAAUUGCUCUGCGGUCUCUGCCAAAACGACGUCGUCCUUAGGGUCGGUGCUGUUUUUGCCUCUGGCUUCAUCCGGGGAAUUCGCUUCCUUGAGAAACACUGGGCCCUUCUUUGCAACGACAUUAGAACAGGAACACUUAACCCCCAGAUCACGGACACUUCCGUGCGAGAUUCCGUCAUGAAGAUCCUGAAACCCGACCCGAUUCUAGCAGGUUUCAUUGAAUCCGAGUGCAGGAAAAAUUGUUGGCAGGGGAUCAUCACCAGGUUGUGGCCCAACACCAAGUACGUGGAUGUUAUUGUGACGGGGACGAUGUCACAGUACAUUCCCACGCUUGAUUACUACUCCAAUGGCCUACCACUUGUUUGCACCAUGUACGCUUCCAGCGAGUGCUACUUUGGACUCAAUCUCGACCCUCUUUGCAAACCCAGCGAGGUCUCUUACACCCUCAUCCCCACCAUGGCCUACUUCGAAUUCCUUCCUGUUAACAGAACCAAUGGACCCACCGAUUCUAUUCCUGACCCGACAUCCCGCGAUGAACAAGAGGUAGUGGACCUCGUGGAUGUCAAGCUCGGCCAAGAAUACGAGCUCGUCGUCACAACCUUUGCCGGGUUAUAUAGGUAUAAGGUGGGAGACGUGCUGAGAGUGGCUGGAUUCAAGAACAAGGCACCCCAGUUCAACUUCGUAUGCAGGAAGAACGUGGUGCUGAGCAUUGAUUCAGACAAAACGGACGAGGUUGAGCUUCAGCACGCAAUGAAGAAUGCUGUGACCCACUUGGCUCCAUUUGAUGCUGCCGUGGCUGAGUACACUAGUUACGCAGACACAAAUACAAUCCCGGGGCAUUAUGUGCUGUACUGGGAGAUCAACCUUAAUGGAUUGACUCCGAUUCCCGCAUCUGUGUACGAGGAUUGCUGUCAGACCAUUGAAGAAUCGCUCAACAGCGUGUACCGUCAAGGACGUGUGUCGGACAAAUCAAUUGGGCCACUUGAGAUUAAGAUUGUGGAACAGGGGACGUUUGAUAAAAUCAUGGAUUAUGCUAUCAGCUUAGGAGCAUCCAUAAACCAGUACAAGACGCCCAGGUGCGUCAAAUUCGCACCUGUUGUAGAGCUGUUAAACUCGAGGGUAGUGGCAAGCUACUUUAGUCCCAAAGGUCCGAAGUGGGUUCCGGGACACAAGCUAUGGAUCAAUCAGAAUUAAGAAUGUAAACAAGUGGACCCGAUCUGUUCUUGUAAUGGGAAAAGCUGAUCCUAACUUUUCUAGUUUCAUUCCAUGUUAAAAGACGUCUUCAGCCAGCUUUCAAGUUUUUACCCCCUUCCUGAAGCUUUACUGUUGUGUUAAUCUGCAUUGUCCAGAACUUGGCCAUUCUAAAUAGCAGCCAGUUAUUAACUUUUA